AUGGUGAACGCUCAUGCGGCUGCACCUGAUCUGGUAGAGCUGGUAAACCAGACUGUCAUGGCCCGUGCGGUGGCAUACUGGGCAUCGGUGCUUCAAGUUCGCCAGGCUCAGAGCCCUCUGAAGAUGGACCGAAUCGGCACUGGUUGCUUCAAGUAUGCUUUCGAUACGGACUGGCGAUGCAGUGGCAUGCAAAGUCCGACCUGUGGCACGCUGACCAUCCCCGACAAGUACCUUCGGGCUAAGCGUACAUGCCAGGAAGUCUGCGGCCCCCGCUGCUCGGGGAGCUGCGUGCAAGGAAAUAGCUGCGUCUGCAAUACGACUGAAUGGCUACUCCAACAAGACAAUUACUGCUGCUUCUUAACGCCGCAGUCUGGAUGCCCCAGCGACUGCUCACUGGCAACUGCCACACAGGUGGGCAGUGGUUUUGGUGGUGCCUUCGUAUGUGAAGGCACUUGUCUGGAUGCACCGGAAGGGGAAGGUGCCGUAGGAGAAGAUCUCCAUGUAUUUGUGAAGAUUGAGGACUCUGUGGAGUGUCAAAAUUCCAACACGCUACUGGCAUAUGCGAUUUCUUGUGGUGUGGACCAAUGUGACCGUCCUAUUUUUGGAACCAUCAAUUUCUGUCCAUCUCAGCUGUCCACAUCGCCGGAUGCUCUGAACGGAAUCAUUUCGACGGCUGUGCAUGAGCUCGCGCAUGUUCUUGUUUUCAGCAAUGAGCACUUUCGCAAUUUCCGCAAUAUCGAUGGCACCCCACUGGUUCGAAGAGACUCCACUGACCCACGCCUGUACGAGAACGAGGUUCGGUACACCUGCAGCGCGUCUGGGUCCUCUUGGAAUAACACCAACGGCAACAGGAGGUACGUGGACCUCAGCCCUGGCAUCCUCGACGCCUUCGAUGAGCGUGGCUACAACUGCCAGUGCCCCAUUGGCACGGAGACCCUCAACCAAGGAUGCUUCUACCCAGCUGGCCCACCUUACCUGCAAUUGCCGAGCUGCGUGGUGCGUCUAAAGACACCAACAGUGCUCCGCGAGGUCAGGGACUUCUUUGACUGCCCAACUCUGCCUGGUGCAGAGUUGGAGAAUCAAGAAGGUAAUGGGUGCAGCAUCAUCAACAGCCAUUGGGAGCAAAGGGUCUUCGCCUCGGAGCUCAUGGCACCAGCGUCCUCGGAGCAUCUGAUUGACACCUAUGUCUCGCGUGUGAGUCUGGCCGUCUUUCAAGACUCCGGCUGGUACAAUGCCAACCUCUCUGCAGCUGACCCUCUUGUUCCUGGAGUUCACUGGGGAUACAAGCAAGGCUGCAACUUUGCUACAGCAAAAUGCGUCGAUGGUGGGACGCCAGUUUCGCGCCAUUUCUGCAGCAGUCAGAAUCAGGUGUCAUGUUCAUUGGACAGAACAUCAGUCCUUGGAUGUGAUAUUCAACAAUUGGAUGCAGUGCCGCCCGUGUACCAGUACACGCCUGACAAUGGCAUUGGAGUCUCAGCUGCGUAUGACUACUGCCCUCAUUACACAGUUCGCUAUACGAACCGCAUUUGCACCAACUCCAAUUCUGUCACCGUACCUUACUCCAACGUCAACUUCAUGAAGGAAGUCUUCUCGGCAGAGAGCCGCUGCUUUCUUAGCACACUGCACCAGGACGUUCCUCAAGAUGGAGGAGGGGUCUUUCUGGCACGCGCGGAAGACUUCGUUGAUGACAGGCCAGUGUGCUACAAGGUCGUCUGUACCAGCGACGGGCGGAGCUAUCAACUUCAGGUUGCAGAAGGGACAGGCCUUGUGCCUGUUGGCGUCUGCAGCAGCGAAAAUCAGAAGUUGACUUUGGCAGGCGCAGGAGGCACCAUCACCUGUGCAGCGCCAGCCGAGGUGUGCUCAGAUCUUUCCUCGCUGCACGUUCUGGGAGACCAGUGGCAAAGCCCCUCAGAAGGACCCACUACGACAUUCACCGCUACCAGCACUGCUACGAGCAUGACAGCAACCUCCACAACGCUUUCCACUCGUUCAGGUGUUACCUUGACAACCUUGACAGCCACCGGCACUUCCACACUAACUGUGUCAUUGAGCACAACAAGUCGCGCAACAUUGACGCAGACCUCCACGCAGGACUGGGAACCAGAACAAGCAAUUAACAUGGCUGGACGCCCUGCUGCCAGCAUGAUUGCAGUCGUUCUAAUCACAUCAAUCCGGACCUACAUGUAG